AUGAUGCCUUCGUGGAUUCUUCCAGCCUUCCCUAUAAUGCUGAGUGGUACCAUUGCUUCCGUCAUCGGCUCACAGCAGCCGCAUCCGUCCGCCAUUCCAAUUAUCCUUGGCGGUAUCACCUUCCAAGGCUUGGGAUUCUCUAUCAGCUUUAUGAUGUAUGCCCACUACAUUGGUCGAUUGAUGGAAUCGGGACUUCCCAGCAGUGAACACCGACCAGGCAUGUUUAUUUGUGUUGGACCUCCAGCCUUCACAGCCCUGGCUCUUGUCGGCAUGGCCAAAGGUUUACCGGAAGACUUCAAACUGCUGGAUGAGACAUACGCAAUCGCGGAGGCACGGGUCAUCGAGUUGAUCGCCAUCAUAGUAGGCGUGUUCCUCUGGGCCCUGAGCCUGUGGUUCUUCUGCAUUGCUUUAUUUGCCGUCCUCUGCUCCCGUCCCAAGGCCUUCCAUCUCAACUGGUGGGCCAUGGUCUUCCCCAACACCGGCUUCACCUUAGCAACCAUUACGCUAGGAAACGCACUCCACAGUCGCGCAGUCCAAUGGGUCGGCACCGCCAUGUCGAUUUGUAUCGUGUGCAUGUUCUUGUUCGUCCUCGUCAACAACGUCCGUGCCGUCAUUCGAAAAGACAUCAUGUUUCCAGGAAAAGAUGAAGACAUAUCAGAAUAA